GACCCCCGAAUUCACGCAGAGGCUGAAUAAUAAAAUCAGGGAGCUGCUCCAGCAGAUGGAAAGGGGCCUCAAGUCCGCUGACCCACAGGACUGCACGGCGUACACGGGGUGGGCAGGCAUUGCUUUGCUGUAUUUGCACCUGUAUGAUGUGUAUGGAGACCCAGCCUAUCUUCAGGUGGCCCAUGAGUAUGUGAAGAAGAGCCUGACCUGCCUGACAAGACGAUCCAUCACUUUCUUGUGUGGAGAUGCUGGGCCUCUGGCAGUGGCUGCUGUAGUCUACCACAAACUGCAGAACAAAAAGCAGUCAGAAGACUGCGUGACUCGUUUGCUCCAUCUACACAAGCUCGACCCCCGAGUGCCAGACGAACUGCUGUAUGGGCGCAUGGGCUAUCUCUAUGCACUAAUAUUUGUGAACAAGCACUUUGGAGAAGAAAAGAUCCCUCAAAGUCACAUUCAGCAGGUCUGUGAAGCAGUUGUAGCCUCAGGAGAGAGCUUGGCCAAAAGGAGGAACUUUACAACGAAGAGCCCACUGAUUUACGAGUGGUACCAGGAGUACUACGUAGGGGCAGCCCAUGGUUUGGCUGGGAUUUACUACUACCUCAUGCAGCCUGGCCUUGGAGUGAGCCAAGUAAAACUGCACAACGCAGUCAAACCCAGUGUGGACUACGUCUGCCAGCUCAAGUUCCCAUCCGGCAAUUACCCUCCAUGCAUCGAUGACAACAGAGACCUCCUCGUCCACUGGUGCCAUGGGGCACCCGGUGUUAUCUACAUGCUUGUCCAGGCCUACAAGGUCUUUGGGGAACAGCAGUACCUAAAUGAUGCCAUACAGUGCGCAGAAGUGAUCUGGCAGCAUGGGUUACUGAAGAAAGGCUACGGGCUGUGCCAUGGGACAGCUGGCAAUGCUUACAGCUUCCUAGCGCUGUACAACCUCACUCAGAACAUGAAAUACCUGUACAGGGCCUGCAAGUUUGCAGAGUGGUGUUUAAGCUAUGGUCAACAUGGCUGCCGGACUCCAGACACGCCAUUCUCCCUCUUUGAAGGUAUGGCUGGAACGAUCUACUUUCUUGCGGACCUGCUGGUGCCAACCAAGGCCAAGUUCCCCGCAUUUGAACUCUAAAUUUGAGUUUGGCAGUUUCCUGCCUGAAUCCUUCUGCACUUGGAAAAGCAGUUUGAAGCUGCUUUCUCUUUCUUCCAGACUCAUCGUUGUUUACCUAACUGAACAUAAAUCCAUCCUCCUGACGGCAUGCUGAGUUAAUAUUUUUAGUCAUCUCAUUGCAUUGUUUCAGUUUAAAAGACAGAAUGCAGAUUUUGCUGGUGUCUCUUAAAAAAUGCAGGGUUGCAGGUGGGAGCAGGGAGAAAGUGUACAGUAUUUUGUUGGCUAUAGAGUUUUGCUAUUUUCUGUAUCCCAUUUCCUGGGAGAAAGCUUUCUAUUGGAU